CUUGUCAGAGUCGGCCCACUGAGCGUCCCUGAUAAGCAGAAUCCCCCUCAGAGGAAGAAAGCAGAUCAGAGGAGUCAGAGGGCAGAAGCUGUGUAUUUAACAGUAACACACAUUUGAAUUAAGGAUGAAGCCACAUCGCGUCAUGCAGACUGGAUAUACAGGUUGUUACUUCCUUCUGAUGUGGGUAUGCUUUGUGGUUUUUGGAGCAUCAACAGAGAGCAACAUGGAGGAGAAAAGAACUGCGUAUGAGAAAUCCGUGCGUCAGUCUCAGCGUUUGUGUGCAGGUGAACAGGAGUACGUUGACGAGAGGAAACGAGUCGUCCUGCAGUCUCUCAACAGUCUGGGAAUCAGCUGUUCUGAAGACUCGGUCCCUCACAUCGCUCUGCUGGCUUCAGGUGGAGGUCAGAGAGCCGCCGUGGCUCUGGUGGGUUCUCUCCAUCAGAUGGAGAAAGACGGUCUGCUGGACUCUGUGCUCUACCUGGGAGGAGUCUCUGGGGCGACAUGGUCCAUGGCCUCUCUGUACAGUGACCCACAGUGGAGCGUGGGGAUGGACAGGGCCGUGUCCAGCCUGACGAGUCCAGGGGUGGAGCUGGACGAGGCUCUGUCAUGGCUGGGCGAGCGAGCGAAGGAGGAGCAUUUCUCUCUCACUGAUAUCUGGGGGGUGCUGACCUCAGCUGGAAUCAUGAAACAGAUGGACCUGCGGCGCCUUUCUGACGAGGCCAGCAGAAACGCCACCAACCCCUACCCCAUCUACUGCGCCUUAGAGAAGCACUGUUUCUCCGAGGGGCCUCUGGAAGCGACCUGGUUUGAGAUGAGUCCUCAUGAGGCCGGGUUCACAGACCUCGGCCUCUUCAUCGAAACGUCUCUUCUGGGCAGCAAGUUCGAGAACGGGGAGCUGCAGGAGGAGAUAGCUGAGAUGGACAUGGUCAAACUACAAGGUGUUCUCGGUUGUGCGUUGGCCCAUGGAGAGACGAUCAAAGAGUUCAUCCCUCACUGGCUGAAAGUGCCUGGUCUAGUGGAUGCUGCAGCUGCAGAGUAUGUCCGUCUUUACCACGCCUUCCAUAAACUCGUAACUCUGACCAGAAACACCGUCCAGGAUCCCGCUGCACAGGCUGACCUCGACAAGCUGCACAAACUACUGGAGGAUGCUCAUGAGGCGCUACGUAAUGAGUCAGAGAGUUUGCAGGACAAGGAAAGUGUUUCCCAGCAGAGGACUGAGCAGCUGCUGGCUGUGGUGGAGCGCUGGAGCCAGACUCUGGAGGAUGGAGCUUUUAAAAAUCACGUCAUGUUCAUAAUUUUGCGUGUCCUUCCUCUGAUCGUGAAGUGGGAGUGGGGAACAACCAACAACUUCCUCUACCAAUACCAAAACUCCAGCGUCCCAUCCUGCCUCCACACUAAAGAGAGUUUCUACCUCGUGGACGCUGGCUUGUUGGUGAACGUCGCCUACCCGUCAUUUCUGGGAGACAAGAGAGACAUCAACCUCAUCAUCGCUCCGGAGUACAGCGCAGGGAACAUGUUUGAGACUCUGACUUUAGCCAGAGAUUACGCAGCCAAGCUGAAGAAGCCGUUCCCUGAGUUAGAUGAGAAAAUCCUGGAGGAGAGAGACUGGCCGAAGGACUGCUACGUGUUUGAGGGGAAAGACAAGGAGCCCACCAUCGUGUUCAUGCCGCUCUUCAACAGAAACAACUGCAAAGAUGCAGAGGAGGUGAAAGCAAAGAUGGCGGAGUUCUCCACCUUCCAGCUUCCGUUCAGUCAGGACAAGAUCGAGUUUUUGUUGGAGACGGGGAAAGAGAACAUGAAGAGAAACAAACAAACUCUGCUGAGAGAGAUCAAGAAGGCGGCUGAACUCAAACGCUGCAGGAAGUCUGCCCGGGAGGGAAUCUCUGAGUCUUGUCUUUUUGGUUUGGUGUAAUGCAGACUCCUCCGGUUCCUCCUGCUUGUAAGUCCUUACUUCCGGCGUCGAUGCGAGUGGCCGCAUAUCCAGUAGCUCUGUCCCUGCCGUAUUCGUUUUUUUCGGGUUAAUAUAUAAGUAUGGGAUGGGGGCGUCGGUUUUUGCGGUUUAAUUUGUAACAAAUGUUUCAUGUCAUGUACAUCUUGUAACCUGCUACUGGAUACUUUGAAUUUCCCUCGGGAUCAAUAAAGUAUCUAUCUAUCUAUCUAUCUUGACUUUAUAAGAGUUUAAACUCUCAGAGAGACAAAGUAUAUGAUUUAAAAAAACUCAUGUCGUCCUCUGGAAUCAUGUGAUGCAUUUGGAUAAUAAAUAAAGGUUUGUUCAUUGUGA